AUGAGUAACGUACGUUCAUCAAAGAUUUUGAAAAUAGUGUUAAAUAAGUUAAACCCAAACAGCGAAGUCAUAACGGCCGGUGAACAUCUUAGAAAAGACACAGACAAAAUGAAUCUCCUCAAUAUGGACGCGGAAAACCGCGUGGUUCUCAACGUGGGUGGCAUCCGGCACGAGACAUACAAGGCGACGCUGAAGAAGAUCCCCGCGACGCGACUGUCUCGCCUGACAGAGGCGCUCGCCAACUACGACCCGGUGCUCAAUGAGUACUUCUUCGAUAGACACCCGGGAGUCUUCGCACAAGUCCUCAAUUAUUACAGGACGGGUAAGCUUCAUUACCCGACGGACGUCUGCGGACCGCUGUUUGAAGAAGAACUGGAGUUCUGGGGCCUUGAUGCGAACCAGGUUGAGCCAUGCUGCUGGAUGACUUACACUCAGCAUCGGGAUACGCAAGAAACGUUAGCAGUUCUUGAUCGGCUGGACUUGGACACGGAGAAACCCUCGGAUGAGGAGGUGGCUCGCAAGUUCGGCUUCGAAGAGGACUAUUACAACGGAACAGUAUCCUGGUGGCAGCAGCUAAAACCUCAAAUGUGGUCCCUAUUUGACGAACCGUAUAGUUCUAACGCUGCGAAGAUAAUCGGAGUGAUAUCAGUGUUUUUUAUUUGCGUGUCUAUUAUAUCGUUCUGUCUGAAAACUCAUCCAGACAUGAGAGUGCCCGUGAUUAGGAACUAUACAGUGACGACCGCAAACCAAACGCAAGGUUGGGCGUUGGACAAAGUGCAAACAAACGCUCACGUAGCCUUUUUCUAUAUAGAAUGUGUAUGCAACGCGUGGUUCACCCUCGAAAUCCUCGUUAGAUUCAUAUCUUCUCCCAACAAGUGUGAAUUUGUGAAGUCCUCAGUCAACAUCAUCGAUUACAUCGCAACCAUGAGCUUUUAUAUCGACUUGAUUCUCCAAAAGUACGCGUCGCACGUCGAAAACGCGGACAUAUUGGAGUUCUUCUCGAUUAUAAGAAUCAUGAGGUUGUUUAAGUUGACGAGACACUCAUCUGGCCUCAAAAUCCUCAUCCAGACCUUUAGAGCAUCAGCCAAGGAAUUGACUCUUUUAGUGUUUUUCUUAGUUCUUGGUAUAGUUAUUUUUGCAAGCCUCGUGUACUACGCGGAGCGGAUACAAACAAAUCCUCACAACGAUUUUAACAGUAUACCAUUGGGUUUGUGGUGGGCUCUAGUCACCAUGACUACAGUGGGUUAUGGUGACAUGGCUCCGAAGACUUACGUCGGUAUGUUCGUUGGUGCACUUUGCGCAUUGGCUGGAGUACUGACGAUAGCCCUACCAGUACCUGUCAUAGUUUCAAACUUUGCCAUGUACUACUCUCAUACGCAAGCGAGAGCGAAGCUACCUAAAAAGAGACGAAGAGUUAUUAAUGUAGAACCAACGAGGCCACCAAUGCGAGCUCCAGGAGUACCCGGUGGACAACCAGGCCAAAUCGCACCAGGUAUGGGCCAGCAGGCCGUCAAUAGAAGAAUGAACGCCAUAAAAACAAAUCAUCCUAAAGAUAUGAUGGGACCUAACAUGGGCAAUCAUCUUCAAAUAUCAACUAUUAGUAACUCCACAUCACAGGCAACCCAGGCACAACUCAACACGGCGGUACAAGUU